UUUUUCUCGCGAGACGGGCACUACAAAAAUGUACACAAACUUUCUGGUUGUCAAGAUAAUCAAUUCCAAAUGAAUGAAAUGAAAUAGUCGUAUCUUUUUACCAAAUGUUUUAAGAGUCCAGAAGAGAAGAUUAUAGCAGUGACAAUGCCACAUAAGAUUCCUUUUAAAGUGAUCCAUGCUUCAGGUCAGGACGAGAAUUUUAGGGCAGCUGAACUUAAUCACCAUAAUCCACUGACCAAAGGAUGGCAGUCUGCAAAAUAUUGUUUAUACCCACAAGAUCUUGUUAUACAACUAGAGAAGAGAGCAAGACUCAGGAAAAUACAGGUUCUCUCACAUCAGUAUGACAUAGCCACAAGGAUAGAGAUAUUUGUUGGGGAUGUUCCUGAAGAUUUACCAUGUGUUCUUGACAAUGCUAGAUAUACCAGACUAGGCUACGUGUCACUGUCGGACAAUGAGAAGACAGGUUUCAAAGCUCGGGAGCUGAAGUCGGUACACGUGGAUGCCGUAGGACUGUUUUUAAAGUUGAAUAUACAUAAAAAUCAUAUCAACAAACAUAACUUGUAUAACCAAGUGGGUGUUGUGGCUAUCAAUGUGAUUGGAGAAGAGAUUAGAAAAGGGCAAGAACUUGUUGAUGAUUUGGACAUUUAUGAACAGAAACAGAAGUUAUUUGGAGAUGUGGGUACAGAUGGAUUGGGCAGGCCAGAUUAUAUUUCACCAUUAGAUGAUCUAGCAUUUGACAUGUACCAGGACCCUGAGAUUGGUCAAAUCAUCAGAAAACUUGAUAAGAAAAAACAAGAGGCUGUGUUACAGGAAAGAUAUGAAUAUGCUAAAAAAUUGAAAGCUACCAUAGUGGAACUUCAAAAGGCAGGUGAGAAGCUGGGGAAAUACGAAGUAGAGAAAAGACAAGCUGUAGAAAAUGAGGACUAUGACAAGGCUAAACUGAAGAAAGUACAGAUGGAUGAAUAUAGGCUACAAGUAUACACAGAUCUCAAAAUAAAUGAUUUACUCGAAGCUACUGGGUCGAGACACCCUAAGAAAAUAACACUUGAACCUACAAGGGGACCUACCCCACCACGAUUACUUGAGCUACCUCAAAGGAGUCCCAGUCCUCCACCCAGGACCCCUUACGAUGAACGUGUUAUUCCAGCAAUGAAAAGCCAUAGAGCCCAGUCACCAUCAAGUCCAAGAGUUAGAACACCAUAUGAUGAACGACCUUUACCUAUACAUAAGUGAGUAAUCACAGUAAUAAUGGUGUGCAUGUGUGUUAUUGCUAUUUAUAGCCUUUGAUUGCUAUUUAUAGCCUGUCUGUGAUUGGUUGGGCUAUUUAUAGACUGUCUAUAAUUGGUUGGGCUAUUUAUAGCCUGUC